AUGGCUAUGCCAAUCCUCAGCGCUUGUGGCUUCUGGUCUACUUCAUGCAUCCUCGACCUCAUUCAACAAGGCCAGCUUCACUUUGGAGGUGAAGAUAUGGAUCAGAAGGUUAUUGGGGUUCCGGGGAUGGAAGCUCAUUUGCGACGCAGAGAUUUACCAAGUGUCUGCAGAGUGCCACAAUUAUACGACCACCCGAUUUUCAAAUUCUUCGUGGAAGAGACCCAAUCCAUUACUCGAGUAUCUGCUCUCAUAAACACCUUUGACGACCUAGAACCCUCUAUACUCUCCCACAUCGCCACGAUCGGACCUCUCCACGCUCUCCUCAAAUCUCGUGUCGAGGUCGACCUAUCAUCUUUGGCUGCCACUUUGUGCCAAGAAGAUCGUCGUUGCAUGGAGUGGCUCGACUCCCGAUGGCCGAGAUCGGUUAUUUUUGCCAGCUUCAGCAGCAUGGUGAAGCUAACACAUGAACAAUUGUUAGAAUUUUGGCAUGGUUUGGUCAACAGUGGCAAGCAAUUUCUGUGGGCGGUGCGAUCAGAUAUGCUUCAUGGUGUGAGCGAGAGCUUGUUAUUCCAACAGAGCUUGAGGCAGCUACAAAAGAAAGAGGGUUCAUAG